AUGAUUCACUCAGAGACGAGUCCGGAGGGAGAAAAGAGCCGCUCCCUAGUAAUAAACAAUUCUUCCCAAAGAAAUGAUAAACCAAAUGGCGACAAUGAACCAACGAAGGAAUCUAAUCAAUCUAGUAAGAAGACAAAUAAGAAGACUAAGAAGGGCGUAACCAUUUCAGCAUAUUCUCCAGCUUACAUAUCAGAGCCUGUGUACCAAUGGGGGGUCUCAAGCAAGGACCGAAUAUUCUACGACAAGAUGAACGACUUGAUUAUACACCAAAAUGUGUCAGCUAAGGCAAUGCUAGUAACAGAUAUCAAGAAGAAAAAGGCAAACUACAAAGCAGUGUAUGUCAGGUUUGAUAAAGAAAUGUGCGAACACAUAAGCUUCUGUCGUAACAGCACUUUUUUUCUGUAUUAUUCUAUUAAUCCAAAUAUAAUAGAAAUAUCAGAUAUAUUGAACAACCACAAUAUAUAUUUAAAUAUAAACAUAAACAAACUUAACGAGUCUAAAAUUCUCGCUGCUUUUUGGUUACGUGGUCAUGAUUUGAAACUAGCUGAAAAUAGUGAAAAACAAAAAGAGGUAGCAAUGGAUGAUACAACUUUUACUGCAUCUGGGAACGGAAAUGAAGGGGCGGAUUCAUUUUCAGUUGCAGAUUCAUCCGACUUUGCUAUAAUAACAAGUAUUGGUAUCGAAAUUUUUCACAUCUGCUUUGAAAACCUAAUCAUUACUCCAUUAAAAAAACACAUAAUAAAAAGUGAUGAGUGUUGGUAUGACGAAUCAAGCUCAUAUAUAGCCCUACUGUCAAAUGCACAGAAAAAUCAUGUUAUUUCUCCAUACUUGUUAAAUAAUAGUAAUGCAAUCAAAUUACAAAAAAUAGAACUGAAUCUUCCUAAGUCUGAAAUUAUUAAUAAAAAUGAUAUUGAAAUUAUCACAUUGUAUGAUGACACGUAUUGUAUUCAUAAAGAUUUUAAGAAUGGAAGAAUUUCCUUUCGUUGUCUUUCAUCAACUUUGUAUUUUGAUUAUGUUCUUGAUUUAUUUUCCAAUGGAAUUAUGGAAACUUUUUCUCUGGAUAAUAUAUUUGGUGUCUUUAGCUAUUCAAAUGAAAAAGUCUAUCUAUUUGAUAUAAAGUAUCACAAAAGAAAUAAAACACAAAUUAUAAAUAACUUAGAGGAUCACACCAUUAACAUUUCUUAUCUUACAUCUCCUAAGAGUUUUAGAUCGCAAAUCCCUUUUAGCUACAUUUCAUUUCAUUCCUUCAAUCUUCUUAUGGACAAUCACUAUGGUAAUGUAUACAAAAUAUGGAUAGACUAUGACCUCCUUAUGCUUCAGAUUUGUCAGCACUUUGCCAAUCUGAACACAUCGGUUGAUGUCCUGUUACGUAGACCAAACUGCAAAAGCAGAAUAACAGAAAUGUUUUUUCUUUCACUAGAAAAUGACAUACAAAUUGAAGAUUUUAUAAGCAUAGUGAACAUAAUAAAUACCAAUUAUAGAAGACUAAUAGAACAGUCUGUAGAUAAAAAAAAAAAAAACUUAACGACAACAAGAAAAAAUAAUAAUAAAAUCAUUCAGCCUUUAGGAAAUAUAAUAAAAAAUUUAAAACAAAAAACUCUUAUUACUGAAAGAGAUAUUGUUACUGAUGUAUUCCAUGCCUUUAUGAUUAAAAAAUAUAACCUCGAUAAGAAUGAGACAUUAUUCAACUUUUCUCUAAAUUUUAGAGAAAUCGAAAAAGCAAAACAGGAAAGACGAAGAAAAGGCACCAAGAGCAAAAACGAUUGUGCCGAUAAGUACAUGUUGAAGUACAAAAUAUGCAAAAAAUCACACCAUGAGGUAGCAGAUACAGAAGUAGGUGGGUUGGCAGGUAAAGAAGUAGGAGACUUGACAGACGAUGCAGUAGAUUAUAAGCUGGUUCUGAGCUACUCAGAACUACAUAACCCACCAAUGUUCCUUAUAUAUGUUCUGGAAUAUAUGAAGUCCCUACUUAUGUUAAAUAUCAUACCGAACCGGAUCCUACAAACUUUUCUUUUCGACAUAUGUAUCUUUUACAAGAAAGAUAACUGUCUAAGACAACUUCUGCAAUUUUAUGUGAUUGCUGAUUCGAUAGAAGUAACAAAGAGACUAUUUCAUUACUGGAAGUUGACCAAACAUGAUUGGGCUUAUAACUUCUGUUUGGAUAUGUCUUUGCGAUUAAAGGAACAUGAAAUGGUGGUUCAUCUCUUUUUGUCUGAUAAGAAAUACAUUAAAAUAAUUGAUUUCAUAAGAAAAUACAACCUUAUUGACUAUCCCAUUACAGUUAUAUUUCAAGCCAUCGAAAAUGAUUUUGAUUCUCCCGACAAGUACAUAAUAUUUAAUCACAUCAUUCGCUCCUUGAAUCACUGGAUUAGGGAUUCAAACCAAGACGCUCAGAAAUACCCUUUACCAAAUUUACAGAAUUGCGAAAAGUGGGUGAACUUGGUUGAAGAGGAGUAA